AUGCGUCUCUCCGGCAUAUUCAAAUCUUUUCUACAUCGCAGGACGAAAUCAUGCCCGACCGACUUACCCUCAAUGGUCUCUCCAGCAGCCCUCGAGCCGAUACGCGUCGCGGCAGAGGCUCCAGCUGCGUACGGCGCUCGAACUCCACUUAUUGACCAAGUCUUUGCCACCGCUCGGGCCCGUCACUCCGAUAGCGCUGUAGAGACGUUGAAGAAAUCGCCUACUUCCGAUGACCGUGUUCAGCUUCUUCAGUCCGAGCUGGCGAGAAUGAGGGCGACGCACGCCCACUUUGCUUCCGGGAUGAAGAUGCUCCAGGACGAGAUUGCUGCUUCCAAGGACGAACUUGCUUCUGAACGUCUUAGGCAUGCUACCACGCUACGGCACUUGGAAGAACAACAGAUCGAGGUCAGCAAAGCGCAGGACAGGCUGGGGCAGCUUGAACGGUUCACCGCUCGCUUAGUUGACGGAGGCUCCAAGACGUCUGUACUCUACCGCGCUCGUGACAUGAUACUGGACGGAGAAGAUACAGAAGUUGCUCUUGUACUGGCGAUCAAAGAAGUAGCUUCUGACCCUGCCUCGCCGUGGCGCCUGAUCCUGGACGCGGUCAACGGUCCUCGCACUCAGGAUGAGUACCUCUCGGCUAUCAACAUGACUUUGUCCACACGCAAAGCUCUGAGAGAAAGCAAGAAGAUCUCCAAGUUCUGGAAAGGUGUUGCGAUGGAAGAUGGUACCCACGAAAAUGUCAUAACGCCGUCUCCUUCCAAUAUAUCCUCAAUACAUGAAACUCUUAGCACGGAAAGACAAGCGGCCGUCGACUUACUCAUCAAGAGGCGAAAGAAUGCUGAUCUCCCGCCGUCUCAACCGCUCUCGCCGGUGCGCCAGCGCAAGGAUUUUUUUGAACGCAAUAAGAUGAAGACACUUUCGCGUAUGGUUGAGCCGUCUAGUAGUUCGCGUUCGUUUCCUAGUAGCUUCCCCUCUGAUGGCUCAUCAAGUUCGGUGUUGGCACUUGCCCCGCUAGCUAGUCAGGUAUUCAAAGAAGAACUCAUGUCGAGUCACUCUAGCCGGAAACUUCUCAAAUCCGUCUCCCGCUCUUCUGGAUCUAUCGCUAUUACCAUCAGCACCAGCUCGAUAUCUGCCCUGGACUCCGACUCGCCUGACAAGACUGUCGAGGAAUGGACUCUGGUCGAAUCGACGGAAACGAGAUCGAGUGCGGACGCCUCACAGACCUCGAAGCCUGAUUUCUUCGCGAACCUGCUAACGUCCCAUUUACUCUCCACGGACACGCGUGUCGAAGAUGCUCUGCGCUCCGAAAAGGUCUCUCGCGUUCGCCUUAGUGGCGGCCCACAACCGUUCGACAAUUCCGCCUUUGCUACGCUGAUGACCGCUGCCGCCUCCCACGGAUCUGUUCGAAUCGACGAUGUGUGUGAAGUCACUUGGGUAACCAGGGAGGAAGUUCCCCUUCCCGGUGCUCUGGAAUCAGCGCAGGCCCUAUCAUCGUUGGAACGCAUAUGUGCUACGAUACGCAGCGGUAGCGAGCUUGGUUCUUUGGAGACAAUUAGCGAACGGACUGAGCCAGAGAGUGAGUGUGAUCGGGACUAUGAGCACAUAUCUUCUAGCGAUAUUACGUCGACCCCUGCGCGGACCGCCUCAACGGUGGCUACGACAUCGCCAAGUCGACUACCCAUAUUCAAGGCUGCUAAGCAGCCCCACAACCUACCCAAACCCGUCGAUCAACCCAACUUCCCUCCCUUCGAAUUACCAAUUCUUACUAUUCCCGCCGCACCCAUCCCUGAAAGAGUUAUCGAGGAGCCCAAAGUCAAAAAAGGAAGGAUGUCCUUAAUACCUCGCAACACAAACAAGUCUGCUGCUACUCCCAAGCCACUCAAAUCCGCCCUGAAGCCUUCCCAGCCGAAGCAAGCCUCAGGCAGUGCUGUUGGCUCGGAAACGAAGUCUCCGGCGCCGCCUAAGAACAUUCGGAGAAGGGGUAGCAAUGCGAACAGUGGUAGUAAAGAAAACGAUAUCGGGAGCCAGGUUAUGUCGAAAGGGAAGAAAGUUAUUAGAGGUCUACAUCGCGCGAUGUCAUGA